AUGGCCUCAACCUCUUCUGCUCUCACUAUAUCCUCCUCUUCCACACUUUUUGAUGCCAAGGCUCCAAGACAGUCACCAGCUGCUUCUCCACAAUGUGUGAGCCUUCCUCUUCCCCCUUUGCAUUCUCAAAAUCGUUCAUGGAAGACGACUGCUUAUAGUGGCAAGAUUGCUCGAAAUGUUAUGGCAAUGGCCACGCGAGAGGCACCAGCAGAAGCUUCCUCAACUGAGGUGCCAGAGAUCGUGAAGACUCUUCAAGAAACUUGGGAUAAAGUUGAUGAUAAGUAUGCAGUUAGUUCACUGGCCCUGGUUGGUGGGGUUGGAUUGUGGGGCUCAAUUGGGUUGAUCUCAGCAAUUGAUAAGCUUCCUUUGAUUCCUGGGAUUCUUGAGAUUGUAGGCAUUGGCUCCACUGGGUGGUUUGCAUAUAAGAACAUAGUUUUCAAGCCAGACAGCGUGAAGGUGACAGGAAGAGAAGAAAUAUCUGACUCUAAGGAUCUAGGGGAAUCCCUUCAAGACUUUGAUUGGUUAAUGAAUCAUAGAACUGACUUUGAAUGGAAUUAUUCAAUUCCGUAA